UGGAAUUCCUAUAUCUUUGUAUAUAUAAUUUAAAUAAAUGGGCCUAAUUUGGUGUUCGACACCACAUUGUAGAUCGACUUAAAUCCGAAUUAAGGAAGAAUACUUAUCACUCCAUUACAAUCCUUAUUUGGUGGCCUAACUAUAAUGUUAUUAAUGGUAGAAUUUAAAUCUUUUUAAAAUCCUAUUGCAGCUAUACGAGCCUUUUCCGUGUGCCACAAAUAAUGUACUAAGAAGAAGAAUAGUAGAACAAAGUGAGUAAUGUGAUACCAGAUUUAAUUCAACAACCAGUCAUUAUGAGUCUACUGGGUGGGUACGUCAAGAACUCUCCCACAUUUAGAAAAUUCAAAGAUAGGAAGAAGUACAUAAAAAAGUCAAGACUCCUCUCUCCACGUAUUACACAUUAUAUAAUCAAAUAUAUAUAUAAAUUGGUCCCAUUGGAGACAAUCAAAUUAAAUUUACUCUGUUUCUUGGCCCUCUCCAUUACCCAAAAAUUUGAUCACGAUGAAUCGGUUCCGAACAAAGUUGUCCGGAUUCUGCAUGGCCCGAGCAGUUGUCCAUGUUCGAGCCCGUUCUCCUUGUCAACCGUACAAGAAAACGGGCUCGAUCAAGUUCAACGACUCUGACAGUAAAUGUAGCAGCACGGAAAUGAGCUUCAACAGUGUCAAUUCGAGGCCGGAUUCUGAGAGUAGUGGCAAUAAUAAUAAUAAUAGCGACAACAGAGUCCUGGUUGUGGUUGAUCCUAGUCUUGAUCCCAAUUGUGCUUUGCAAUGGGCACUUUCACAUACUGUUCAAAGCCAGGAUACUAUUAUUCUUCUCUAUGUCAGCAAAAUCUCAAAAGAAGGUGAAAAAGCCAACAGUGAAAUUAAUCAGAGGGCCUAUGAACUUCUUUGCUCCAUGAAAAAUAUGUGCCAAACAAGGAAACCAGGAGUGCAAGUGGAGAUAGUAAUGCAAGAAGGAAAAGAGAAAGGACCUGUGGUGGUUGAAGAAGCAAAGCAACACAAGGCCUCUUUACUGGUGUUAGGACAGAGGAAAAGAUCAAUAAUGUGGCGCCUGCUAAGAAUAUGGUCAAGGAAAAAGUCGAGAAGCAGAGUUGUGGAAUACUGUAUUCAGAAGGCACAUUGCAUGACAAUUGCUGUGAGAAGGAAGAGCAGCAAGUAUGGAGGAUAUCUCAUUACUACUAAGCGUCAUAACAACUUUUGGCUUUUGGCUUAAUGGAACUUGAUUGAUAAUUUAAUCUACCUUUUUUACAACAUAAUCAGUGUAAUCCACAAAGUGAAAUUUAGGAAGUAUGGUGUGUACGCAACCUUACCCCUUCAAGUAGAGAGGUUGUUUCUGACUAAUCUACCUUUUUUGGUUCUUGUAAAUUCUAUUUUUGAUUAUGUUGUCUUGUCCAGGAAGCACCUAGCUGCAAAAUGAAAGAAAUUAUUGUCAUUUCAACAUGAAUACCUUCUGUUCUUCCUGGCUCAAAA